ACUUACCAAUUGACAUUUUAAAAAUUACAAAAACAAAAUCUUGCUGUUUAUUUUUGCCGGCAGUCAGUGAAAUAUUUUCAGUUUAAGUUAAAUUUACACAUUUAUAAAAUAGACAGAGAAAACAAUAUAGAUAUAGUAAUUGGGUAUUAAAUAAGUCUUUGAAUUACAAAUAUUGCUAAGUGUUAUAUAACUAAAGUAAUGGCAGCUUGCAGGAAAAUUGUAAUUGGUAUGUCGUGGGGGCACUGGAUUUAUAGGAAGAAAUUUAGGAGAGCUACUGUUGGCCAAUGGAUACAAUUUUAUUAAUGUGACACGCAUGCCAGGCGCUAAUAACAUAUCUUGGUCUCAGUUAGAGGUUACCGGCUUGCCAAAGAAAACUUAUGCUGUAGUUAAUUGUGCUGGACAACAAUUUAUGGACUUUACUAAGACAUGGACCCCUGGGUUCAAACAAAAUGUCCAAAACUCUAGGGUGUUCACUACGCGGGCCCUGGCUAAAGCCAUAAAUCUAAGUCAGGACAAACCUAAAGUCUACGUACUAGUUACUGGGGUUGGAGCAUAUGAACCAUCAGACUGUAACCAAUAUGAUGAAAGCAGCCCCACAACUGGCAUUGAUUUUUUUUCUAGACUUGUUGUUGAGUGGGAAAAAGCAGCUAAUGUUGACCCGCCUGUGAGACUUGUCAUUAUUAGGUCUGGUGCCGUCCUAGGUCGAUGGGGAGGAAUGAUCAAAAAUAUGUUUUUGCCAUUUUUCCUUGGGGUCGGUGGCCGCAUUGGAACUGGCAAACAAUACCUUCCUUGGAUUCAUAUAAAAGAUCUCACACGUCUCAUUAUCUUUGCCAUUGAGAAUGAUAAUGUUAGUGGAGUACUAAAUGGCGUUGCUCCUCAGGUUAUAACAAAUGAAGAAUUUACACAAUCUUUCGCCAAAGCACUACGUCGCCCUGCCGUAAUACCCGUGCCAGAAGCAAUGCUGGACUAUCUACUGCACCCUGAAAGAGCUAUGAUAAUGACAAAGGGACAGCAUGUAACUCCAAAAAGGGUGAUAGAAUAUGGCUUUAAAUAUCAUUAUGAAGAUAUUGACAGUGCAUGCCAAGAAGUUGCACAUCUUCUCCCAAAGAAACACCCUCUCAAUUAAAAUGUUCUUGGAAUUUUUUGUACUUGGAAGAUCUUCUAUACAGAAAGGAACUUGACCGGUUUGAGGUGCAGAAGAAUGCAGUUAGAAGGCCGGUCCUAGGACAUUGACGUCAGGUGCAAGGGGACAUGGCUGACGCAACGACAAGCGUCAAUAACAACAAUUGGGGUGAACUCAUUAAGUUUACAACUUUCCACCCAUUAGUACAUCAUAUUUAAGGCUCAUUUGAACUAAAGUUUUCCAUUUGCCCAAUGACUAAUAUACCUACCUAUUUACAUGAUUCAUUUAAUACGACCUCAAAAUACAGAAAAUUCUCUGAGAAAACUGAAAGUAUAGGUAAUGGUGGAGCAUUGUAGCAUGCAGCAUGUUUAUGUCACCAUUUGCACCUGCACUUUACAAUCACAAAAUAUUUUGUGAAAAAAAUAAGCUUACACAUUGCUGUGCUGUGCAUGUCAUCUUAAUGAUACAAAACUAUUUCAAGAAUUAUAAUUUAGCUUGCUAUAGAGAUAAAAAGUGGCGUCCUUCCCAUGUACAACAUAUGUAAUUCAUAAAGAAGAUACUUGAUAAUAUCAAAAGAAGUAUGAUAAUAUCGAAGCGUAAUCGUCUCUUCAAUAAAAUUUGUCGUGUAUUAUAAAUUGAUUGAGAUGUUCGUCGUUAACAGAUGGAGUUCAGAAUUCAAGGGUAUCUGUUAUUGUGCGAUGUGCAGUCUCUAUCGUGCAUUAUAUCGAGAUAUUUCUUGAGCUCAAUUUUAUUAUAUCACUAAAACUGGGCUUGUUUUUAUAAACAAGUAGAGAUUCUAUCAUGUAUGUAAUUUUGCUGUAAGAAAUUGCCCUGCUUAU